AAAGUAGUGAGAAUUGUGAAAUUGAAGAGGUCCACUUUUUUGGUUUGAGCGAGGAAUAGGAAUAGCAUCCAAAGACUUUUUAAAAAGUCUUUUCUUUGUUCAAAUCAAUCUGAUGACCCUAUUAUGUCAUUUGCUUGGUAAUUUCAUUCCUGGCUUUUUCUCUGUAUUGAAGCUGAAGAGUGAAGACUGAAAGACCCAUCUUCAUCGAUAAAGAUUAAGACCCUUUUGGCGUCUAAUUCAGAGGAGAACCCACCCAACCACCCACAUGUGCUAAUUUCUCUAAGAUCUCAUUCCUCUUUCUCGUUUUCCUGUUUCAAAUGGAUGCAGACACACCAAGAAUCCCAGAACAGUUGCCUCAGUCCAAUGCCCAUGGCCGCAUUAAUAGUGGUUUUGUUGACCAUUCUGUCCAACCUGCAGCAUGUGGUUUAUGCCAAAGAAUCCUUUCUCCUGAAAAUGCGGCAAGUGGUGACCUCCAGACCAUUGGUAUAUGUGGGGACUGUAAAUUCUUAAUUCUUGAAGAUCAUUGGACCCCUAGGCAAGACUCAUAUCAGCGUAGGGCAUCUAGAGGAAGAAGAACCAGGUACAGCAGUUCUGAGUCUGUUGAAUAUCACUUCUCACAAGAACUUUCACAUGUAAUUAACCAGGCUAGCCAAAACCAAUCAAGUGUCUCUGGGUAUGAGGAUCAACCUUCAGAUGGUGAUGCUUCGGUUAGGUUAUUGCAGCACUCAAGUUCCCGCUCUACCCCAAGUGGAUCUAGAAUAUGGCGGCGACUACUCUCUGAUACUGAAAGUGAUGGUUUUGAUCAUCCGGACUCCCUUUAUGGGGAGAGUGAAUCAAAUGUCAGUUUUGGUCAGUACAGGGUUUUUCAUGGUGAGAGUGAUGCGAUUUCUUUUAGUGCCUAUGGAGGGGAUUCUGAUGCUUCUGUAGAUGGACAUAGUUUCCUGGACCGUGAAAUGUCUGUUCAACCAGAUGAUGGCAGCGAUUUUGAAAGUGAUUCUGAUAUUGAUCCUAUGCAUGCUGGCCUUGACCAAUGGGACUCUGAAGAAGACGAAGACGAAGAUGAAGAAGAAGAAGAAGAAGAAGAGGAAGAAGAAGAAGAAGAAGGAGAGGGAGAAGGAGAAGGAGAAGAAGAAGAAGGUGAGUGGGAAGAAGCUGAUGCUGAAGAUGAUGCAGAAGCAUUAACUGAAUAUGAAUAUCAAACUUUUUUCACUUCUGAGGCUCCGACUUGGAGAGGCAGGCAAGGUUCACAAACAUUUAUUCAUACCAUCUUUGCUAACUCAGAGGAAGAAGAGUUACCGCCUUAUGUCAGGAAUUCUGGGGAUUAUCUUGAUGCAAGAGGCUUUGAAGAACUGCUUGUACAUCUUGCUGAGACUGAAAGCUCUAGACGAGGAGCACCUCCUGCAGCCGUGUCUUUUGUAAAUAGUCUGCCUCGUGUAGUCAUUAAUGAGGAGCAUCAGAAGCAUGAAGGCUUAGCAUGUGCAAUAUGCAAGGAAGUUCUACCCAUUGGCACCGAAGUAAAUCAGCUUCCCUGCUUUCACCUCUAUCACCCUUCAUGUAUCUUGCCGUGGUUGAGCACACGAAAUUCAUGUCCCCUUUGUCGGUAUGAGCUUCCUACUGAUGACAAAGAUUAUGAAGAGGGGAAGCAGAACAAUAGUGGUGGAGUGGGAAUCCAUGAAAUCCAGCAGGAAAAUGUCAGUGACGACGAUUCCUCUGUUGUCUUUGAUGAAGCUGAAUCAGAUGAAGAGCGUGAACUUAAUCAAGGCAGAACAGAGCAGAGAGAACUGCUACAUGUGGAUCCUGCUACUAAUAGCUCUGGUCGGGAGGGUGGUAGGGGGAGAUGGUUUUUUCUUGCUGCUGCUCCUAUUGUCGGUCUCAUGGGCAUUGUGCUCGUGUUGUGGUUAGGCAAUCCUCUGAUUCAAAGAAGAGAGCCCACAAACCAAUGCAGCUUUGUUGAUCCUGGCCAUCAUCAAAUUCACAUUUCUACCUCCUCACCCACCCAAAGGGAGAAUAGGAGUAGGAGAUGGUGGUCAUUUUUCUAGGAAGCUCUUUGCUACUGGUAAAUAUAUCAAUUGUUUUUGCAUUAUGCAUUGCAGUUUGUGCUAUUGACCUGAAGGACAUAUUCAGGCUGUUGUGCUUUAACUUUUCAAUUAGUGGAUGUACAUCGUGGUUUGACAAA